GUGAGGCUCGUGAUCCAAUCAGAACGCGCGUUUGCUGUCACAUGACUCUUGUCGCUCCGAACGCCUACUUCCGUACACAAUGAGUAGUUUGAGUAGUUUUGACUAUUUUGUCUUCGCACGUUUAUAGUUUUCUGAAUCCAGACAAACGAUCAUGAAGGUUUUGAGGCUGUCGAUACAUCCAGCCUCAGUGGCUUACUGCAUGACUACACUCGGCUCCAGCAUGAUGAACAGCAUGUUUAGUUUUUAUUACGUCAAACUCUUCCUGAACAAAUACAACAUAUCAGAGGGAGAUUUCCACAAAUCUCAGGUGGUCUAUAUGAUCUGGAACGCGCUGAACGACCCGCUCUUCGGAUACCUGCAGGACAACUCUCGCGUUCCCUGCUGCUCUCAGCGCCGGAUGUCCAUCCUGUAUGGUGCUCCCUUCUACAGCCUGGCUUUUCUGCUCGCCUGGUUCCCGUGGCGAUCGUACGAGGCGGGCGACUGGAUGAGCGGCAUUCACCUUGUCGUCACGCUGUGUGCCUUUGACAGCAUGCUGACAUUCGUGCUCCUGGCCCAGUGCGCCCUGUUCGCCGAGAUCUCGGAGAACCACCAGAUCCGGCUGAGGCUCAUCAAGUACAACCAGGUGGCGUCUCUUAUCGGCUCGUCCAGCGUGCUGUUCUGCGGCCUCGUCUCCCAAAACAUGGACGACUUCUUUGCCUUCCAGGUCUUCUCCGUGUUGGUAGCACUGCUAGGAUGCGCCUGCAUGGUCUACACGGGCUUCUACAGCGAGAGCCGCUUUGACACGAAGGUCACGGAGGCCAGCUCGCAUCAGCCUCCUAUGUCGUUCGCCGCCGUGUCAACCAUGACCAAGCAGAUCCUCACCAAUCGUGACUUCCAGCUGUUUGUGAUCAUGAACUUCUUCCAGGUUUUCCUCUUGACCUUCUUUAGCAACUUUGCCAUGAUCUUCGUGGACCACCUCUUCCCACCAGACGUCCUGCCGUCCCUGGCCAAGAGCCUCAUGUACGGAGCCGGAUUUAUCUGCCCCAAGUUACUGGUGUUGUGCAGUCAGAAUCUGCUGCAUGUGUUGGGGUAUUACCGCAUCAUGCUCAUCACAUUUGCUGUGGAAGCAGGAGGUGCAAUGAUGAUGCUGCUGCUCGGCGCCGGACACUACUACUGUCUCGCUCUGUUCAUCACCAUCAGCAUUAUUUUGGUCCACACCUCUGUCAGCCUCUUUAACCUGCCGCUAGCUGACAUCAUCGACUCUGACCUGCAGAAGUACAAGCGCAGCUCUCCGCUUUCAUCGAUGGUUUUCGGGACCAACGCUCUCUUCACCAAACCCGCACAGUCUUUAGCGCCCAUGCUGGUGGUCUCCAUUUUAAACCAGUAUGGCUACGAGGAGAUGAAGGUUGGGAAUGUGAAAGAUCAGAGUGCCCUGGAGACGCUCCACAGCACGAUGUUCUACCUGAUCUGCUUGGUGCCGCUGUUCGUCGCCUCUCUGCAGUUUCUCAUCUGGAAGCCCUUCUCCAUCAGAGAGAGUCACGUGAUCGAUUCAAAGUACAUAGAGGGAUGAUUUCAUGAAGAACCACCGACCAUUCCAUCAAUAUAAUUUCAUCAGUGUAGUUUUCUUUCAGGACGUAUUUUUUAAAAUAUACAGGUUUUUUAAUUAGUACUAGGAUUUUGAAAUACUACUGAAACACUAUUACUGAUACACUUGAAAAUGGCAGAUGUUUCUCAUCCAUGUGGUGAUGUUUAUAAGACAAAAAAAACCCAAAAUGUGACUUUUAUUCUAUUGGUGGUGGUACAGGAGGUCUCGAGAAGAUGUGGAUGUGGCAUGAGGGAUGUCUAGUGUUAAUUCUAGCUGUGCCAAUCAUUUUAAAUCCAGGGUUUUUUGCGGGGAAUGCUAAUGUCAUGUUCUAGGAUUCGGUAAAAAUGAAAAUUAAUGAAACACAGACAAAAUAUUAUUAUUAUGACAAUCGUUUUAAUAAUAAUAAAAAAAACGAAACACAAAGUCUCUUCAUAUUAAAGAAGAGGCCAGUUUUUCACAGGUUAUAAUAAUAUAUUCAUCGAUAUGUGUUAAAUAUUAACAUUUUCAGGUAUUAUAUAUAACAGAAAGACAACGAACAAACAAAGCAACCAUAAUCCAGUCCAAACAGAAAUAUUAAUAAUCUGUAUCUGGGCUCCAUUACAUAAAGGGGGCCAAUACUUUUGGAGAUCGAUUAUUAAAAGAGGUGACCCAAAUCUGACUGGAAUUAUGAUCAUGUGACCAUCUAUGUUACUAUGUUAAAGUCAUUACAUUAAAAUCAGCACUUUUGAAGACUUUCCUCGUGCGCACGUUGUUCAGUGCCAGUCACUUGUAUGCCAGUUACCAGCUGAUAGUUAGCCACGCCCACAAAAGUCCAUAAAAGGCAAACAGGCAGCUGAAACCCGUCAAGAUUCUAUAGGGUAAUAAAGUGCCCCCUGGCUGUACAUGCGCACAAGUCAUUUGUCUUUUGUAGGGGUGGUUAACAUUGUUAGCUAUAUACUGUACUGUAUAGUCUUAUAUACUGCUAAAACUAGGAGUCGCUUUGUGUUUCUACUAGUUUUGUUCUCAAAUUAGCAAAGAGAGCUAAUUGUACUGCAUUCUCUUUUAGAGGGUGCCAUUACUUUUGUUCCGCCUGAACGGAACGUCUUAUUUUUGUUUUAAUUUAUGAAUUUAAAAAUAAAUUCAUACCUGUAUUGAGUUUACGAGGGCCAACAUAUUUUCUGUACAAUUCUUUUCUGGGAAUAAAAGGUUUACUCCA